AUGAAGUUCUACUCCGUUUUGGCUCUUGCGGCCUGUGCAGUCGCUUAUGACCACGGGUCAACAUACGGAGGCUCCGGGCCUUACAAAUCGUACUUCUUCGAAGUCGAGUCGCUUCCAAACCACACCUUCUACCAGCCCCUGCAGUCUGGUUCUAAGCAAAAGGGUUCCAAUCUAAAGCUCCCAGUUAUUGUUUGGGUCGGUCUCAAAUUCCGCAACUUCCUGGGCGAAGUCUCCUCCGGGGGCGCGCUAGCAAUCGCCACAGGGCCCGCAUACGUCGACCCAGAGGAGUACGCCGAAAGCCUAGAGGGCGACACAUCAGCGCCCACUGACGGCCUAGGCGAGAACCCAGCCGCUCUUACGGAAGCCAUUGACUGGUUGUAUGCGAACGCAGGAAGAGGCGACUGGAAGCACAUCGACCGCACCCGGAUCGGAGUCUGGGGCCAGAGCUGCGGCGGCCUUGAGGCGUACACUGCGGGCGCUCAUGAUGAUCGCGUUGGCCACCUGGGGAUCUUUAACAGUGGGCAGUUGUCUGCAAAUGCAAGCAAAUCGGUCGCGGGGGAUAUUACGAAGCCCGCGUUUUAUAUCCUGGGAGGUCCAACUGAUGUUGCUUAUCCCAAUGGAAACCUCGACUACGCGAAUCUCCCCUCCAAGACACCCGCCUGGAAGGGGAGCCACAACCUCGGACACAGCGCUGCCUUUGAUGUCCCGAACGCGGGAAUUCCCGGAAUUGCGGGGAGGAAGAUACUGCAAUGGGUCCUGCGCGGUGACCGGAGCGCUAAGAAAUGGUUUGUUGGCGACGAGGCACACCAAGAUGGGUUCGUCAACGUCACAUCUCGGCACCUCGACAGUAUUAGGGUGACCCCUAUCUGA